AUGUCAUCCAAACCUGUUUCCGUGAUUGUCAUUGGAGGCUCCCAUGCAGGCCUAGGAGUCAGCCAUAAACUACUCCGACAGGCACCCAAUGCAUCAAUCACACUCAUCAAUCCAUCGGAAGAAUAUUACUUCAACAUCGCGACACCCAGAUUUCUCGUCAAGCCCCAGAGUUUACCGUCGAGCAAAUACCUCCUCAACAUCCGUGAAGCCUUUAGGGAAUAUCCCAGUGGCACCUUCACUUUCGUUCAGGGACUUGUCACCAAAAUUGAUUAUUCCAACAAGUCAGUGCUAGUCACUACAGGUGAAAGUUUCUCCACAAAGAGCGACGAUAUUUCAGUUGGAUUCGAUUAUCUGGUAAUUGCAUCUGGUAGCACAACACCAGCUACACUUGGACAGGGUAGUCUGAAACUUCCUUUCAAGGUGACUGGAUUUGAAGAUACCAACAAAGCCAUUUCCGAGGCGCAGAAGAAGCUCCAGGUUGCCACGAGAGUUGUUAUUGGCGGUGCAGGUCCACUGGGAGUCGAACUUGCAGGAGAACUGGCCGAAGCAUCAGGCCCAAAAAAGAUCAUCACUCUGGUCUCAAAGACCUCCUUAUUGUUGGGAGGAGCGACGGAGACUGUGCAAAGAACCGCCGAGUCACUUCUACGACGUAAGGGGGUUGAAAUACUGAAAAACAUCACAGUCGAUCAAGUGGAACAGGAUCACGAAACGAAGAGCUGGAUGGUAACACUGUCCACCGGUCAAACCAUCGUGGCAGAUGAAUAUAUCUCUACAACAGGGGUAAUUCCAAACAAUGAGUUCAUCCCGAAAGGCUUCUUAACCCAUGGCGGCUGGGUUAAUGUAGAUGAACACCUCAGAGUCGUGGAAGACAAGAUCAGCCGCAGUGACACUUACGCAGUCGGAGACAUCACCUGCCAUCCGUAUCGACUUCUCUCCCGAGUCUCACUCCAAGGAGCGACCGUUGCGUCUAAUAUUGCCGGAAGUAUCGCGAAGGACACUCGCCUUGCGACAUACUCUGCCGAAGCUCAGACCAAGAUGAUGGUCGUCCCUGUGGGACAGUCGACGGGUACGGGACACCUAGGCGGAUGGACACUCUGGGGUUGUCUUGUGUGGUACUUCAAGGGCAAGGAUUUCUUGACAUAUGAAGCGCCGAAGUUUCUGCGAGGCAAGAUGCAGUAA